AUGAUUAUGUAGAAACAUGAAACUUGACUAUGUGCUCGAGCAAGUUUUACUUCUCCCUGGUGCCAGGGUGUUUGCCAGCAGCCUGCACUCUCGGAGAUCAGACUCCAGUGAUUGGGGAUCCUUGAGAUCAAAGGCUUACCAUGCUACCCCCUAGCAGGGCCAGGGACUGCUGACGUUACCACUGGACGGUUAUCUGUGGCUCAUUAUUACCAAAAAGAAUGGACAAGCUUAAUAAAUUAACUGUUCCUGCCAGUCAGAAGUUGAGGCAGCUUCAAAAGAUGGUCCAUGAUAUUAAGAACAAUGAAGGCGGAAUAAUGAACAAAAUCAAAAAGCUGAAAGUCAAAGCACCUCCAAGUGUUCCUCGAAGGGACUAUGCCUCCGAGAGCCCUGCUGAUGAAGAGGAACAGUGGUCAGAUGACUUUGACAGCGAUUAUGAAAACCCAGACGAGCACUCGGACUCAGAGAUGUACGUGCUGCCCGCCGAGGAGACGGGGGACGAUAGUUAUGAGCCACCACCCGUCGAGCAGGAGACGAGGACAGUUCACCCAGCCCUGCCCUUUGCCAGGGGCGAGUACGUAGACAAUCGAUCCAGCCAGAGGCAGUCUCCACCCUUCAGCAAGACCCUGCCCAGUAAGCCGAGCUGGCCUUCAGGUAAAGCGAGACUGGCCUCCACGCUGCCGGCCCCAACUUCUCUGCCGAAACCUCAAGUCCCACCCAAACCCAAAGAUCUUGAGGAUGAGGCUGAUUACGUGGUCCCUGUGGAAGAUGAAGAUGAAAACUACAUUCAUCCCACAGAAGGCAGUUCAUUCCCGUCUGAAAAAGCUCCCCUGGUAAACAGAUCAACCAAGCCAAACAACUCCUCCAAGCCAGCCCCUCCUCCAGUGACAGCUUCAGGUCGAAACAGUGGGGCCUGGGACUCUAAGUCAUCUUUACCUGCUGUGCCGUCCCCGCUGCCCAGGGCCGGGAAAAAGCCAGCUACAUCACUGAAGACAACUCCAUCUGCCUCUCAACAGAACGCCUCAAGUGUGUGUGAAGAAAAACCUAUACCUGCUGAGCGCCACCGAGGGUCUAGUCACAGACAAGAAAGUGUGCAGUCACCAGCGUUACCUCCUGCCCAGAAGCAAGGACAUCAAAAACCCGUACCUCUGCCAAGAUUUCCAGAAGGGGGAAGCCCUGCUGUGGAUGGCCCAUUACCCAGCUUUUCAUCUAAUUCCAAUUUGUCAGAACAGGAAGCUGACGUUCAUUGUAAGCCGUGGUACGCUGGUGCCUGCGAUCGAAAGUCUGCCGAAGAGGCAUUAUACAGAUCAAACAAGGAUGGAUCAUUUCUUAUUCGGAAAAGUUCUGGCCAUGAUUCCAAACAGCCAUACACAUUAGUUGUAUUUUUUAAUAAGCGAGUAUAUAAUAUCCCUGUGCGAUUUAUUGAAGCAACAAAACAGUAUGCUUUGGGCAGAAAGAAAAAUGGUGAAGAGUACUUUGGAAGUGUUGCUGAAAUUAUCAAGAAUCAUCAACAUAGUCCUCUGGUUCUUAUCGACAGUCAAAAUAACACAAAAGAUUCUACAAGACUGAAAUAUGCAGUUAAAGUUUCAUAAAUUAAAAAAAAAGGUGGUCAAGAUUGCUGCUUCAGACAUUUUUUUCUAUUUCUACUUUUAAGAAGAAGUCCCCAAGCUUCAUAUUUUGGAUUAUGAAUCAUCCUGUAAUAAAAUAGAAGAUGGAGGCAGCUAUUGGGGUGGUCAUCCACUUCUUGAUAAGAAGCUCACAUGACCUGAUGAACUGUUAAUAUCUGGUGAGGUUGAGUUAUCAUGCUAUUAAUAUUCUCCAAAUAAAUGUCUUUAUUUAAAAGAAACAGGUGUAAAGUAUUUUCAGUCAUGUAAGAAAACAACAUUCUAUUUUCAAAAUAAGCAAAUAAUAAUCUUGGAUAAAACAAAGCUGCUGGAAAUUUAGACCACUACAAUGGUCAUUGGUUCAAUAACGUAACUACGAUAUCUACUGACAAUGCUUGACAAUUAUGUCUUGGUUAAAAUUUUUAUUUGUAGAAAAUAAAAUAUAGAUAAUGUAUGAUAGUUGUAAGUACAGAUAAGGGGGAUAUAAUGGUUCCUUUUUGUGAGUGCUCCUAACUGUUGGAGAUGUAUAUAGAUAUGACCUUUCUAGAUGUUCUUAUCCAUGAUUAUGUUGUUAGCUUUGCUUAUUAAAAAUAAUUAUGCCCUCUUUGAUCUGCAUGUCUAGUAAAUGGACGCUAAACUUGAUAUAAGGUUCAAAGUAGGAUGAGAGCAAAACUAGACUAAAAGCCUAGGGAAACUUCCCACAGAACAAGGUCAGGAAAGUAGACAUUGAUGAACACUAAGGAUUAAAAGAGUGUUACGAGCAGCCAUCUCCAAGGUCUUAGAUCAUCCCAGAGAUGUAUUAUACUUUGUCAUAUCAAAGCUUUUUAUUCUACUUGUAUUUUAGACAGCACUGAAAUGAUAAAGCAGCUAAUUAAGAUAAAUCUAAUAAUUCAAUGAGGCAUGUACUCGAUCACUGAAUAAGAUAGCAAUCUGUGAAAGGAUUUUGAAAAGCUAGAAGGUAAUGGUUUCAGAGUAACUUACAGACUCACUUGUAAAGAUAACUGUAUUUGUAAAUGUCAUAUACUGUCAUGAUUACUAGCUAUGUGAUGAGUUGAAUUAUGUUCUCCAAAAAAAGAUACGUUGAAGUCCUGACCCCUAAUACAUCAGAGUGUGACCUUAUGGGGUCUUUACAGGUGUCGUCCAGUUAAGAUGAAGUUGUUAGGGUGGGCUCUAAUUCAAUAUGACUGAUGUCCUUAUAAAAACGGGGAAUUUGGACAGAGACACAGACAUACACAGAGGGAAGACUAAGUGAAGAGAUGCCCACGAAGAAUGCCACGUGAAGACAGAAUUGGAGUGAUGAAUGUACGAGCCUAAGAGUGCUGAAGAUACCAGUAUACCCCGAAACUAGGAAGAGGCAAGGAAGGAGUCCCCUAUAGGUUUCAGAGGAAACGUGGCCCUGCUGACACCAUGAUUUCAGAUCUGUAGCCUCUAGCACUGGGAGAUAACACAUUUCUGUUUUAUUAGUCACCCCUUUUGUAGUACUUUGUUAUGGUAACACUAGGAAACUAAUAUGUGCAUUUAAUCCAUAUACACUUUUGACAAUGAAAAC